UAGGGCCGUGGUCGCUGCUAAGCACGGCUGGUUAGGAGUGAUGGAGGACGAUGCUCCUGUGAUUUAUGGUCUUGAGUUUCAGUCCAGAGCAUUGGCUGCUGUGCAAGGAGGCACAGAUGAUGUCAUGUUCAUGGUGGGAACCCAGUCACUGAAGUAUGACAACCAGAUUCAUCUGCUCCAGCUGGAUGAAGACACAGGAGCCCUCAAUAAACAGAUCUUCCCUCACCCUGCUGGCGAGGUAUGGCACCUGGCCUGCUCGCCAGCCGACAGCCGGCUGUUCAGCUCGUGUUUCGGCCGACUGGAGGAGGGCUCCUCCCGGCUCGGUGGCGCCAUCUGGUCCCUGCCGGCCGAGGACGACGGCGGCUCGGCGUCGGCCGCCCUCACCCGCCUGGUGGACCUCAAGGCACAGGACAUUAGCAGUGUGCAAUGGCAGCUGGUGGACGGCAGCCAGGCAGUGGGCGUGGGCGAGCGGCAGCUGACCGUCUGGGACCUGGACACCGGCCGCGGCUCAGCGGCGGUGUCUGCCGAGAUCACGUGCCCGGGCCGCGUCCAGUCUCUGCUCGCCUGCGCCCGCUGGAACCCGCACCAGUGCUGCAGCCAGCUGGCGGCCGCGUGCGACGCGCACGUGCGGGGCUUCGACUUGCGCUCCGGCCAGCUGGCCUGGGCCGUCGAAAACGCCGACGCGCAGCUGGUCAGAGACAUGGACUUCAACCCGAACAAGCAGUACUACUUGGCCACCUGCGGGGACGAUUGUCGGGUGAAGUUCUGGGACAUCCGGAAGCCGACGGAGCCGCUCCAGGUCAUUGCUGAUCACUCCCAUUGGGUGUGGACGGUGCGCUUCAACCACUUCCACGAUCAGCUGGUGCUGACGUCAUCGAGCGACUGGCGCGUGCUGCUGACGUCAGCCGCCUCGCUGAGCUCCGAGCCGUUCGGCCACCUGCUGGAGGAGGACGAGGACGAGCCCUCCCAGAGCAGAGCCCGCCUGGAGGACGGCCAGCUGUGCCGCUGCGAGGAGCACGAGGACUCGGUGUACGCGGCCGAGUGGUCUUCGGCCGACCCGUGGACGUUCGCCUCGCUCAGCUACGACGGCCGACUGGUGGUCAGCCGCGUGCCGCGCCAGGUCAAGUACAAGAUCCUGCUGUGAUGCCGCUGGUGCCGCGCCGGCCGCCGAGCGCGCGCCGCUGGCGGCGCUGGCAGCGGCGAUAGGAGGACAGUGCGCGGAGGUGGCACGCGCGUGGUUCGAAGGUGUGCCUGGUGAUCGAAGCGCUUGUGUUUUUUUGUGUGGAACUAAUCUUGCUUUGUUUUCAAUGUGGAGUGCACCGUGCACAUUAGAUGUUGGCGACAUGAAUGCUAAUUUUGUGUUCAUUGUUAGCAGGUGUUGAGACAUUCUUAUAAACGAAAUUGCUCACUAUUGUAAGGUUCCUUCAUGACGGCUCUUAUGUGCUGAUGUGUUGUCUAAGUGCUGGCCGUUGUCAUUCCAGGGUAUCAUAAUAAUCACUGGCAUAUCA